UUGUUACUCAAAAAUGUCAAGGGAUCCUCUUGUUGUGGGUAAUGUUGUUGGUGACGUAUUGGAUCCAUUUCGCAAGUCAGCUUCAUUAAGGAUAAUCUACAACAAUAAGGAAGUCACUAAUGGGUCUGAGCUCAAACCAUCAAUGGUGAUGAAUGAGCCGAGGGUGGAAAUUGCAGGGCGUGAUAUUAGGACGCUUUACACUCUCGUAAUGAUAGAUCCUGAUGCGCCUAGCCCAAGCAACCCGACCAAAAGAGAGCACUUGCACUGGUUGGUGACAGACAUUCCAGAAACAACUAAUACAAGUUUUGGAAAUGAGAUUGUCUCCUAUGAAAGUCCACAACCGACGGCUGGGAUUCACCGGUUUGUGUUUGUGCUCUUCAGGCAGACAGUUCGACAGACAAUUUUUGCACCUGGAUGGCGACAGAACUUCAAUACCAGAGACUUUGCAGCACUUUAUAACCUGGGACCACCUGUUGCUGCCCUGUACUUCAAUUGCCAGCGAGAGAAUGGUUGUGGUGGUAGAAGGUACCGACCUGGAAGUGGCUGGCUCUGAUGAUGUACUUAUGAAGUUCUAAUAAUCAGGAUAUCAAUUUCUUUUGGUUUAGAGAGCGUUAUAAGCUUUCUGCUUUUCUCUAUCUUUCUCUUCUUUCUUGCUUAGUGUUCCCAAUAUAUGGUAUAUUUUCUCAUGAAAAUUUAGGCAGUUAAGUAAAUGCAGUCCCGUAACAGUCCUGUGAUUCAAGUUUUUUAAG